GGGAAGGCCUGCAGCCACCCGGUGUGGUCAGCAGGUGAGAAGGCCAAGGAUGGGUCCAGCUCAGUGUCAUCUGGCCGCCUCUCUGGCUCCUCAGGGGGCCACCAGUCGUGUGCACCUCCCCAUGGGCCCUGGAAGGAGAGGCCCCGCCAGGUGCCGGGGCCCCGGCGGCAGCCCAGGGAGAGCAACCCACGGCUAGAGCAGCUGAGGGACAAGAUCCGGGCCCAGGUGCGGGGGCAGGCAAGCUGUGCCUCCCUGGGCAGCUGGACCCCCUCCAGUGUCUCACGGCUCUACAAAGGCUCCAUGCCAGCCCCCCGGAGGAAGGCCCGAAAGCUGAUGAACCCCCCUCCAGCCUCGGCCUGCCCAGGCUCAGGCGUCCUGAGUGCAACUGAGCACAGAGUCAAAGACAAGGCCAUCCCUGGCCAGGACCGUGAGCCCUCCAGAGUCUCCCAGAGCCAGGCUUCAGUUCCACGGGAAAAAACCAGAAGGAUGAAAGGUAGUUCUUGCAAAAGAGAGAAGGCCCCCAAGUCUCCCACCCCUAGAAGAGCCACCAAAGACAAAGUCUGCUGCUACACGAGUGUUGCCGUGUCUGAAACGGUCCAUGAAGGCAGGCGGCCCGGAACGUGUGUGGUUGAAGACGUGUCUGCUUUUCUGUUACACGGCAUCGCUUACCGAGUGUUCCUGUUUGCUGCCUUCAGCAGCGGGGAGUCUGAUCGAGGGCCUUUCGAGCUGCUCCUGCACAUCUCUAUGCCUCAGUUUCCCCCAUGGCAUGAGAUCACAAUCCUGGACCGAGAGUAG